GCGACCCGUCGCAAGUCGCGCCCGCCGCACCCCGACCCCCGACCGGACCCGACACCUCCGACACCCGACGCGUAUUUUUAGGUUAGGGGUGUGCCCCCGCCUGCCUCCUCCAGUGACUGCUGGGCUGGGAGCCGCUGCAGCUGCAACCAAGUUGUUGCACAGCGUCCGUCCCGUUUCAAAUUCCCCGGACCCGAGCUCUGUUUGCGCUAAUGAUGUGGAUGUGAAAAUUGAAGACAGCAGACUUUCAAUAUGACAGGGCGUAGAAAGAAACGUCAAGAGACUAUAGCCCAGAAAGUGUCAUCCUUGAUUAGUUUGGACAAGGUGAACGGCGGCGGCUCGACGUGCGUCCAGGAUGGCGAGUACGAGUACGAGGAGAUCUCCCUGGAGCGGGGCGGCGCCGGCCUCGGCUUCUCCAUCGCGGGCGGCACCGACAACCCGCACGUGGCCGACGACCCCUCCAUCCUCAUCACCAAGAUCAUCGCGGGCGGCGCGGCCUCGGCCGACGGCCGGCUGCGCGUCAACGACACGAUCCUCUCCGUCAACGACACGUCGGUGGUCGGCGUGCCGCACUCGACGGCCGUGGAGGCCCUCAAGAAGGCCGGCAACUUCGUCCGCUUGCACGUCCGCAGACGUAAGAUGCCGGCGCACAUGCGGAUCCUGGAGCUGGAGCUGGUGAAGGGCACCAAAGGGUUGGGCUUCUCCAUCGCGGGCGGCAUAGGCAACCAGCACAUCCCCGGCGACAACGGCAUCUACGUGACCAAGGUGAUGGAGGGCGGCGCCGCGCAGGUGGACGGCCGCCUCGCCGUCGGCGACAAGCUCAUCGCCGUGCGCAACACCAACCAAGGGGAGCGCAACCUGGAGAACGUGACCCACGAGGAGGCGGUGGCCACCCUGAAAUCGACGACGGACCGCGUGGUGUUGCUGGUGGGCAAGAGCGAGCUGUCGCGGCCCGCGUCCACGCUGUCGCACCACUCGCAUCAGACCGUCGGGGAAGUGCACCAGCCGCCGCCGCCCGCCUCCCUCCCCGCCCCCACCACCUCCAUCGUGACCGCCAUCCCGUCGGCCGCCUCUUCGCGGGUGGCUUCGCCCGUCGGCGCCGCCCCCGCCGUUGCCCCCGCCGCUGCCCCCGUCGCCGCAGCCGCCCCCGCCGUCUCCGCCCCCAGCUCCCGCGGCCCCUCUCCCGGCCAGGGCAAGAGGGCCGCACCGACGCUCGACGCUCCUACGCGCGAGCCUCGCGAGGUGAGCCUCUCCAAGACGGACGGCGGCCUCGGCUUCAACAUCGUCGGCGGCGAGGACGGCGAGGGCAUCUUCAUCUCGUUCAUCCUGGCGGGCGGGCCCGCCGACCUGAGCGGCCAACUCCACCGCGGCGACCAGGUCGUCAGCGUCAACGGCGUCAACCUCAAGGCGGCCAGCCACGAGGACGCGGCGCAAGCCCUCAAGAGCGCCGGCCAGACCGUGAACCUCGUGGUGCAGUUCAGGCCCGAGGAGUACAACCGCUUCGAGGCCAAGAUACACGAGCUGAAGCAGCAGAUGUCGCAGCAGACGGCGCCCACGGGCGGCACCCUCCUCAGGACCUCUCAGAAGCGCUCGCUCUUCGUUCGGGCCAUGUUUGACUACGACCCCAACAAGGACGACGGCCUGCCGAGCCGCGGCCUUCCCUUCCACUACGGCGACAUCCUGCACGUGGUGAACGCCAGCGACGACGAGUGGUGGCAGGCGCGGCGGGUGGUGGUGGCCACGGGCGAGGAGCAGGGCAUCGGCAUCAUCCCCAGCCGGCACCGCUGGGAGCGCAAGCAGCGCGCCCGCGACCGCACCGUCAAGUUCCAGGGGCACAUGCCCGUCCUCAUAGACAAGCAAUCAACAUUGGAUCGGAAGAAGAAGAAUUUCAGUUUCAGUCGUAAAUUUCCGUUUAUGAAGAGUAAGGAUGAUAAAUCUGAGGAUGGUUCGGACGCUGAACCUUCACCUUCCACUCCUAACAGUGAGGGAGACGCAACAAACGCCCCAUUCAUGCUCUGCUAUGCACAAGAAGAGGCAACAUCUGAAGGUAUAACCAUAAACAACAUUUAUCCAAUUGAAUUUCUUGUCGGAACAGAGGAGCAAGUCCUGUCUUAUGAACCUGUGCUGCAACAAAAGAUCCAGUACACUCGUCCUGUCAUCAUCUUGGGCCCACUGAAGGAUCGUAUCAAUGAUGACCUUAUAGCUGAAUUCCCAGAUAGGUUUGGAUCAUGUGUUCCUCAUACUACAAGAUCAAUGAGAGAACAUGAAGUUGAUGGCCGAGAUUAUCAUUUUGUAAGCUCCAGAGAGGAAAUGGAGAGAGAUAUACAAAACCAUCUUUUCAUUGAAGCGGGACAGUAUAAUGAAAACUUGUAUGGUACUUCUGUGCAGUCAGUAAGAGAAGUCUCCGAAAGUGGAAAACACUGCAUCCUAGAUGUUAGUGGCAAUGCCAUUAAACGUCUACAAGUUGCACAGUUGUACCCUAUUGCUAUUUUUAUUAAACCUAAAUCGCUGGAGUCAGUCAUGGAGAUGAACAAACGAAUGUCAUAUGAACAGGCUCGUAAAACAAUAGAACGGGCAUUCAAGAUGGAGUCUGAAUUUGGAGAAUAUUUCACUGCCAUUGUUCAGGGUGAUACUCCUGAAGAAAUUUAUUUGAAAGUCAAAGAAGUUAUCAGCCAAAAUUCUGGUUCCACAAUCUGGAUUCCACAACGCGACCAACAACUGUGACAAAGGUCUCCUACACCAAGCUCCUGAGGCUUGGUUUACGCCACACUAGGGAAACCCAUUGUUGUGGCGUACGACAAAUCCCCUCGCAAAAAAUAAGCACCUUUAAUAGGUCGUUUUUUGAUUGGGCAUAUUUGUGUGUUGUUGGUAUAAAAUGAAACAUUUUAGGACUUUUAGUUAAUUUGAUAUUAAUGAUAAUGAAUGAACUUCCAUGUUUUCUUCUAUCCUAACAUGUUUUAGUAUGACGUAUAAUUGUGGACCUCUUGUUUUGUUUAAUGACUGCUGUCAUUAACGAACACCCAUGAAAAAGCUUGUGAGGUUAAAUUGCAUUUUAUAAUAGUGUAACAUCAUUCCAUGGAGCGGAGAGUGCUCAUUCAUUUACCUCAAUCGUUUUGAGAGUCAAGUCUCGUGGGUAGACUCUUAAAAAUGCUAUCUAUUGAGCCUUCAUUGAAUGUUUAGUAUUGAUGCACCAGAUGCAAUGUUUUUAUGUUGUAUUUCUCUCUUUGAUGUGACCUUUGACCACCUGACUCUGAAUUUACCUAAUUGGUGUAAAAUUUUUAACUUUAUGAUUCUAAAAGAGACUUUUAUAUUUCCAACUCAAUUUUUUCUUAAGAUCUAAUCUCAUCUCAUCAGCUUUGAGUUCACUUUACCACAUUUGCUUUUGACUGUUUUAACUAGUCUGGUGGUAUUAUUGGUUAUUCUCGCAUUUUAGGGAUGUUAUCAAGAUUGUUUGUUGCUCAGAAAUUUCAAAAUUUUCUGGAUAUGUCAAGAAUUUAAUGUGAAUUGUGCCAAAGGUGGAAGAUCAUUUGAAUUAAUGCGAGCAAUUUUAAAAUGUGACCUUUUGCUUUACUUUUAUAUAUUUUUGAAGUUUUAGUGCUCUGUUAAAUUCAGUGUAUUUGUACUAAUGAGUUGAGUGUGGGAUAGUUAUCACCUCUGUGUUUCAAACCUGACCUUUGCCACUUUGUGGUCACCUCUUACUCAAUUUUAUCCUUGCCAUUUGAAAUUUAGGUUUAAGUUCUUUUAAUAAUGGUAUGUACAUGUAUACUACCACAAUCUCAGAACACUUAUUGUUGAUGCAAAAUUGUAGGGAUUAACAAAACAAAAAUGUUUUGAAGAGUCUCAUUUGACAUCAUUUUCAAUGUCUCGUGUCAGCAGUGCAUUUUGAAAAUAUCAGAUAAGAUUCGUUUAGACACAAGCAUUGAUGUUGAUGCUGUUGCUUUGUAGCAACAUGUUAUUCAUAUUUUUUGUCUGGGUCUCCUCUUGAUAGCUUUUGUGUUCUUAGUCAAUCAUCAUCUAUAGUUUUUAAAUCUAAUAAAUUUCUGAUGCAAGGUAGAA